GAUUGGAUAACCUAUAUGUGUGAGCACUGGGAACGUUUGGAAAAGCAAUAUAACUGCUGUAUAUGUAAAUUUCUAGGAUUUGUGAUUAGUUUUAUGCAAAUAUAAGAUUGAUUAGAAUCAGGUAAUUUUGUCCGUCAAUCACUCAAUGUGGAAUAAACACUAACUUUUGAAUUCUCAGCUUCUAUUGUAAGAGACGUUACAUAAAACUGUUAAGUUUGAACUUGACUGCAUGAACUUGAUACAUUUUGAUGGAUUUCGUAUUACAGUGUAUCUUUAGUUUGAAAGUCGACAGAUUCAGUUUUGACUAGAUCUUAAGAGUUAUCUUUAUGAGUGAUCCUUACUGUACAAAGGUCAUUUGAGAACUUGUUAACCGGAAGUAAAGGUCAAGUGUCAAGGUCACCUAUAUAGGGCCUUGAAUGGUACAGCAAGAAUAAUGUUUAGAUCUUUAUUAUCACCGUUCUGGGAAGAAAAGUGUGUGACAACAGAGCAGCAGACACAAAGCCUGAAACGUCAGCACUCAUUCUGUGAGAAUGCGUCAAGGAAGAAACAGGAACGGCUAAUCCGACGACUAUCUGGUACCCUCCUAGCAACAAGGUUGGAGGGUAACAGAAUGAGUAUACCACAUAGGAUCUUAACUACCGAUGGUACACAGAAACAGUAUCCCAAGUCCCUGACUGAGUCGGACAGUAGCGGGGACUAUGUUACUCCAGGCUCGUCUAUGGCCGACGUAAGUUGUGAUUUUAU